AUGCCGUUCGAACAAUCUCUAGUAUUGCCUGUAUACGGUAGGAUUAAAUAUCUAGGUAAAGCAUCUUCUAUUUAUAUUAUUAAUUUGCCAUCACGUCCUGAUCGACGAACACAAUCUAUUGCUCUCAUGCAAACAUUGAAUGUACAAGCGUCUAUCGUUCCGGCUUAUUCAAUUAAUUCGCCUGACGUUCUGAUUUUGAAUCGAAAUCGAAAUAGUUUCUUUUUAAAGCUAACUGAACUAGCUUGUUGGGCAAGCCAUAUGCGCGUAUGGGUUACUAUUGUUAAUAAAACAUUUUAUGAAAAUUUUAAUACAUGGUCAAUUGUAUUUGAAGAUGAUAUCGAUCUUGAAAUUGAUCUACCAUACAUAAUUCAAACGAUUCCAUAUUCGAUAUGGAACAGUGCUGAUUUAAUCUAUCUUGGCCAUUGUGCUAAUCCACCUGGAAAACUUAUCUAUGAAACAUCGAAGCAUAUGCAUCGGAUUCAUCAAGCACUUCAUCCAAGUUGUACGCAUGCAUAUAUAAUUCGAUCAGGAACAGCGAAAAAACUCGUUAAUCUAUUAUCGAAACCUUCGCUACCCAUUGAUGAUUCAAUAAUAAAGCUUGUUAAUGAUUGUCAACUAGUUGUCUAUAGUAUUCAUCCUCCAUUAGCAAUACAAAAAUCGGUUUCUAAGACUAAUCCAUCGGAUGUUAAUAAAAUAAAUCGGCAAUCAUGGAUGUAUCGUAUUCAAUUGGCAAUUUAUACGUUUUUACAAUGGUGGAAUGGUGUAAAAAUUCAUAAUGAAUUACAGAAAUCAGCGUUGACAAGGGCUAAUUUAACUAAAGCUAAAUCUUGGAGACUGAAGUAUGAGAAAGAAAUUUGGAAAAAUUAUUUAUGA